GCCGGUAGAUGGCGCCGCGCGUCAAGCCGUGUCCGCUCGUUGCGCCCCGGUGAAGCUCCGGCGGGCUGCGGUGGAGAUCAGAUUACUCGAGCGUGGCCCGCGCCGGAGAGGGCGGGGGCUGUCUGCCUCAAACUCCAGCGGGACAGAAACUCCACGUUCACAGCCUCGGCGCAGUCUGCGCAGCUUCUGCCGGAGGACACAUCUCACUGCUUUCACUUCCAUUAGUCCAAACAAUGUGAGGAACAUGGCUGACAGAAGGUCUGACUGGGUGGAGAUUGUGGAGCCGCGCUCGAGGGAGCGCAUGUACGUCAACCUGCUGAGCGGCGAGUGUGGGUGGGAACCGCCGCCCGGCGUCCCGGUCCGUCAGUCGGACGGCAACCAGUGGUGGGAGCUUUUUGACAGCAAUAACAAUCGGUUCUACUACUACAACUGCACAAGCCAGCAGACGGUCUGGCACAGGCCUCAAGACUCCGACGUAGUGCCUCUAGCUCAGCUCCAAGCCAUGAAGAGGAGCUCUGAGGCCGAGCAGAGGGGUCAAGGGAGGAUCCAGAGAGGUCCGGCGGAUGGCAAACGGACACCCCAACCUGGACUAGGGUCUUCUUCACUGGAGCGGGAGAGUGGGAGGGACACGCCAUCGUCCAAGGGUAGAGGAGACAGUCUGGAGAGAAGGAGCCAGGCAAAUAGGGAAGCCGCUCAAAGAUGGCAGCCUGCUCCUGGAUCCAAGGCUGCCAUGUUGGUGAAAGUUAACAGCAUUGGAAGAAACCAAUCUCUGGGUCCAGCUACUGGUCACCAACCUCUCCACCUCAACCCCACCAACACUAGCACUUCACCCAAACCCGUUUACGCAGCGCAACUUGACAGAACCGGUCUGCUCAGCAAAAUGCCCGUUCCUGGAGACUCCAAGCAGGGUUACCACCUCAAGAAGGGGGAUGCCAACUUGUGUCUGGUUCUUCCUGCUUCUAGCUCUUCCUCUUACUCUACCCACCAGCGCUCUGGUGCAGGUACACCUCGCCCCUCCUCUCCUCAAUAUGGAGCUACACCCUCAGCACCCAUCUACGAUGAACCUCCACCCAUGGACCCCCCAAUUUACGAUGAACCCCCAGUGGAAAUGGAAGUAGAAGGGGCGCACCACUUGCACAGAGUUCCCUAUCCCACCAGUCAUAGCCUGUCGAGAGGAACCCAGCCUCCUAAACUCCUCCAGUUCCCUCAUUCCAAACACAUCUGUAGCUCCUCAGCUAGUGAAUACAGUCCGGCUGGCCGGGAGUGCAUCAAACACAUGGUGAACGUGGAUGCAGCUGCAUCCAAGCACCCGCCCCAAACGCCUAACCCCAUUGAGGGGCCUUCAAAUCCAGCCAGCCCUCAAAUCCAGCCCCAGUCUGCAGUCUCUGCCCAGAUUAAGAAGGAAGUCUCUCUAGAGAAGAAGCAAUCAUGGAGGCUGUUGGAGCCUCGCCACAGCCGUCAAAGCAGUCUAGCCUCUCAGGAGUACCCAGGCCCUGCAGCCGUCACGUAUCAGGACUCUGGCUACUCCACUGGGCCGUCCCCAAGUCUGCGAAGGAAGAACCGACGUCGUGCAGCUCUAGGCACUGGAUCGGGUCGACCUGGGUCGGUGGGCAGCAGUGGGGAGUUAAAUGCAUUAAAUGAGAAGCUGAUGGCGGAAAUGAGAGCGGUGGUAAACCGUUCAAAUGCCCUUCAUGGAAGCAAGGCCAGUCUGGACACUGAGAUGGGCUCAGAGGCCUCUGGAAGUACUGCUCGCUCCCCUGUCAGUUCACUGAAGAUGGGUGCAAGAGGCGGUGAAUCGAGAGAAGAUGUGACAUCAAGUAACCGAUCACUGUACAGGGGCGGGGGCAGCACCCACGGUGACGUUGUGCUGUCGCCACUGGUGACAGAUGGUCUCGGAGGCCGGCAAAAGAGGACGUAUGAGAAAGUGGAUUCGCUGGAGAAGAGCGGAACAUCACAGACCAGCUUAUCCUCCCCUGAACCACCAAGGUCACCCUCACAGACAGGAACACUGGAAUCCAAAACUCAGCAGGACAUCUCGUCCCAGGACUGUGACCAUGACAGAGCAGGUCGUGGAACCCAUAAAAACAACAACAACAGUCCCCCUCCUUCCCUUGCCAGCACAGGUUCUGGUUACCAGUACCCCUACACCACCCUCUGCAAGCCUACACCCGAUGCCAACAUGGAGGACUGGGCAAGCAAGAACCUUAACCAGCACACACAGGGCCUGUUUCGCCGGCGCGUCUCCAUCGCUAAUAUGCUCUCGUGGAACCGUGGCUCUAUUAAGAAACCAAUGCUGAUCACCAGCGACCGGUCUGUCAAGAAGGAAGCCUGCGAGAUGUUCAAGCUGGUCCAGGCCUAUAUGGGCGAUAGACCAGCCAGGUUGGACAAACGCCACUCUGCCCUUCAGGUGGUCACUAAAUGCUGGGGGAUGCAAGGCUUGAGGGACGAACUGUACGUGCAGUUGGUGCGACAGACCACCGGAAACCUGAGUUUGAGGAGCUUAGAGGCGGGCUGGGAGUUGAUGGCCAUCAGCCUAGCGUUCUUCUCACCUUCACCCAAGUUUAGGCGCUAUUUGGAAGGCUACAUCCAACAACACCUUGAGCCCAGUAAUGAUAAGAAAAUACUGCAGAACAUCAUGGAGCAGCAGGACAUAAAAAACAAGAAGAAUUCAAAAUCCAGGAAGAAGAGGAGACAGAACAAUGAGGAAGAAGAGGAUGAGGGUCUUCCCAUCAGCACUUAUGCAAAAUACUGCUACCGUAAGCUGCAAAAAGUGGCCAUUACUGGGGGCAAGAAGGGCCUGAGGAAGCCCACUCUGGAGGAGAUCGAUCACGGUCGCAACGCCAUCGUGACCCCGUCUCUGUUUGGCAGCGCUCUGGAGGAGAUCAUGGAGAGGCAGAGCCAGCUCUUCCCCGACAGGAAGCUGCCCUGGGUGCAGGUGCAGCUCUCUCAGUGUGUGCUGGCCCUGGGUGGAGCCCAGACGGAGGGCAUCUUCAGAGUACCAGGGGACAUUGAUGAGGUGAACGCUCUGAAGAUACAGGUGGACCAGUGGAAACUUCCAGACAAUCUUUCUGAUCCCAAUGUCCCAGCGUCUCUGUUGAAGUUGUGGUACAGGGAGCUGGAGGAGCCGGUGAUUCCUCAGAGCUUCUACAAGCAGUGCAUCAGUCACUAUGAAGAUCCCGAUGCAGCCAUCAGCGUGGUCCAGUCCCUCCCGGAGCUCAACAGACUCGUGCUCUGCUACUUCAUCAACUUCUUACAGGUCUUUGCUCAGCCGGUCAAUGUGAGUAGGACUAAGAUGGACGUGAAUAAUUUGGCGAUGGUCAUGGCUCCUAACUGCCUGCGCUGUCAGUCUGACGAUCCUCGAAUCAUCUUUGAAAACACGCGCAAAGAGAUGUCCUUCCUCCGCAUACUCAUCGUCCACUUGGACACCAGCUUCAUCAAGGGCUUCAUCUAGCGGUUUUGCGGCACAGCUCAGAUCCAGUCAUCCAGGAGAUGACAGGAAUCGGGACUCUUUCUGCUCAGAGAAUCAUCUUAAAGCAUCCUAAUAUACGUUCGGGACAACUUCUCAACUAAUCCAGCUUUGCCUCAUUGCGAAUCACCCUGAACUCGACUCUCAUGACAGACUUUAUUUGAACCGAAUCAAUUGACUGAAUUUGAUUCCGCAAACAAAACAAAUGCAUGACUUCUGUCAUUUCUUCUGUCUUUUAUAUUGAUUGGCAGGGAAAUGCAUCCUUCGGACAAUCAUGAUCGUAAUAAUAACACGCACGCAGAACGACCUGCAGCAUAUUUCCUUAAUUUAAUGCGGUAUGAGUGUUCUGAUUAUUUAAUAGCAGCCGUUUGUAAGCUCACGUGUGAGUGUGCGGGGAGAACUUCUGACUUGUUUUGUGCAUAAGUCUGAGCGCAAGCAAGAAAUGGUGAAUUAACUUUGCAGAGCAUGAAACAGCUCUGAAAUACUAGCGGUCGAGCUUUGAGCUUGAAGUCUGGUGCCUUACAUGGAGAAUGAUCGCUGAUGUAUAAGAAGCAUAAGUGCCCAUAAACACACAUUUCUGCAUUGUCACAGACUCCAAAUGAACUGAUACCACAAGUAUCUUCCACUCAGUCUCUUACAGCAGUUUUAGUUUUCCCAGUAGUCCCAUUUGGAGAUAGAAGAUUAUAUUUCCAGAUGUGGUUUGGCUACAUCCAAGAUGAUUAUUCUGUGAGACGGGAACUGCUCCUGUCACAAGAUAGCUGCUGCUCAAUGGCCCACUUUCCUACUAUAUAGCAGAGAGAAAAAACUGUGUGAGGUGAGUAGUACGUCUCAAAUCAAAAUAAAAAAAAACAGUAGGCAUAAAAUUCCCUGACGACCUCCUACUUCCACCAGGAUCCUGAAGCGUGCUUUUGAUGGACACUUUUAUUAUCCCACUAGGCCACGGGAAAAGAUUCAUGAAUGGCUGCGAAGCAAAGCUGUUAGGUCACGUGACUGGAACAGACGCAGACGCAAAACAAAAAUCACGUGAUCAGAUUUGCCCAGGCUGAAAAAACGCUUAAGCCGGAAACAUGUUAUACUCAAACAUGCAAAUACAAAAAAAAAAAAUAUAUAUUGGCCAAGGCGGUCUUGUAGCAUACAUGUAUUUUAUACAUAUAUGUAAUUUCCUUAAACACCUCUCCCGUCUGUCAUUCGUCAAUCAAACACAUAGCUCACGCCACGGGUCGAGCUGUUGUCAUGUCAGGCCAGACGCCUAAAUGUUUAAACACGUUUACAUGUUUCAGGGAAAUCGAUCUACAAAUGACUUCUUCUGGUCGCUGCGUUAUUUUGGGAUAUAGGAAAGUGUUUAAACCUCAAUAGAUUACAAGUAUUUUUGCGUCACUGAGGCCAUACUAAAUUUACUCAGAGCGGAGGUAUAUAUAUACCCUUUAUAUGACCCUCUACUCUCUCAUUCAGCAUGUCCUAAAUGAGUCCACUUCAAGAAGUGAAUGAAUGACAGCGAGCUGGCAGCUACACCGUUAGAUGGGAAUUCAUCAGUCACGACACCAGUGCAGUAGUUAGCCACAGAGCGUAUGUAGGUCGUGCGCUCGUUGUUGCCUUGCAUUCUGGGAUUGAGCCCUGUACUGUUCACUGUGGUUUUGGAUAGCGCUGCAUGCUGGCAAUCGUCGGUCCACUCAGACGCAGAUUACCUUCCGGCGGCUGUGCUCAGACUCUCUUCAACACUACUGUUUAGCAGCUGUUUACCAGACAGGAGACGACUUUGGCCAAGUGCAGGGUGAAACAGAAAAGGCUUCGGGCCUUCGCAUCCACACCGGCGGAAUCUGAAGUCUGUCCCCGAGCCGUUACUCGGAGCUGAACUUCAGUGACUCACCUCUGAUAUACAAUCAGUCACAUUUGCUAUUGAUAUAAAGCGAGAUCUGGCAUCUGCCUGUGCUUUUGUACAGAAGCCCCUGGUCUGAGGGAUAGCUGUGUUUAUAAAGGAGCCCCUCCCUUGCUGCACUUCCCCCUCGGUUCCUUCCCCUUCCUGUGGGUCUGUAUGAUCGCCGCACUCCUACUUCUCAUGGAUUCUGUGUCUUAUUUUGUUCUGUCUGUGCGAGGCUGCGUGCCGGAGGUGACAGUGAAUUAUGAUAUGAAUGAUUUGCAUAGUUUCAUAAAGAACUGCUUAAUAAAAUUUGUAAAUUUGUAUAAUUGUA